AACCUACGCCGGCCAUCGACAAUCAACGGAAUCAAGAUGUAAGGACUAUCCAUUUAUCGUCGUCUUUUCCUCGAGACUCCUUUCAAUCGAAUCGUCGGUCAUUUUCUCCUUCGCUCGUCGCCAACGGCACGCUGCUUGGCAGAUCUUGUUUUGGGAGGCGGGGAAGGGUGUGGUGUCGGUCAAGAAAGGGAUUUUCGAAGGCAAAGGGCGUUCGUGAGCAUUAACGCUAAUGCUCUUUUUUUCUUCUCAGGGUCAACCUCCGCACUCAGAAGCGUCUUGCGGCCUCCGUGGCCGGCUGCGGCAAGCGCAAGAUCUGGCUUGACCCCAACGAGGUCAACGAGAUCUCCAACGCCAACUCCCGCCAGACCAUCCGCAAGCUCGUCAGCGAUGGCCUCAUCAUCCGGAAGCCGGUCACCAUGCACUCUCGUGCUCGUGCGCGAGCUCUGACCGAGGCCCGAAGGAUCGGCAGACACCGGGGUUUUGGUAAGAGAAAGGGUACCAAGGAUGCGCGUAUGCCCAGCCAGGUUCUGUGGAUGCGCCGCCUCCGUGUCCUUCGUCGUCUCUUGGUCAAGUACCGCGCCAGCGGCAAGAUUGACAAGCACCUCUACCACGAGCUCUACCACUUGAGCAAGGGUAACACCUUCAAGCACAAGCGUUCGCUCGUUGAGCACAUCCACAAGGCCAAGGCCGAGAAGCAGCGCGAGAGAGUGCUCAAGGAGGAGAUGGACGCCAAGCGUGCCAAGACCAAGGCCGCCCGCGAGCGGAGACAGGAGCGUAUCCUCCAGAAGAGAAAUGCUCUCGUCGAGGAGGAGGAGCCCAAGAAGGAGUAAAUUGUCUCAUCCGGUUGAUGGUUGGCGAUGUAGAGAUUCGGGCACGGGCGAGUCGUUGGGCGAACGGGCAGCUUUUCUAUGGUCUCGUGGGCCUUAUGCGGCCUCUGUGGCCUUGCUUUGCAUGUACAUCGGAAUCAACACGAGGUGUCCUGUUUUGAUUUGCUGCUUAACUUUUUCAUCUUCCUCUACUACCAUCUCUUCUACAUGCUCGCUCUGUGAUGUUGUCCCCAGCAUCUAAGGGUCAUGUUCUGUCUACGACCCGUACGUGAUCUCCCAUGAUGCAUUACAUGCGUGGCUUCGUGAAUCGACAUCUGCAGGUCCGCCCUUAUUCAAGCCGUCAUACGUGCAGCCUGUCGAUAGUAUCAAUGCUCAUUCUAUGUUUUCGACUAAGCUGGGCUUCGUACGGCAUUCUCUCCAAGCCUGUC